GGUAGGAGAAUCGUCUAUAUAAGAGAGCUGCACUCCAUCGUCCUGUGAACAAAACGCUUGUUUCCGAGUUCACGAUACACAAUAAUUGUUAUUAUCAUCACUAUAAACAAGUUUAUAAAACGAAAAACGAAUACAUCAUGAAAUCUUUAACGCUAUUUUUGUUUCUUGGUUUGACCGUCGCGUUGGUGUCAGUGAAUGGAAGCCCGGCCGGCGACAAGAAGAUAGGCACCAGCCAUAAACUAAAGACGACCAGCACAACGACAACGAUUUCGCCAGCCCGCAAAUGCAAGUCCGAGUGCCCGAAUGAUUACAACCCGAUUUGUGGAUCUGACGGAGCCAAAGUGAACUUGAGCUUCGGCAACAAGUGCGUCAUGGAGAAAUAUAACUGCGAGCACAAUGCUAAACUCACAGUGAAAUCAGAGUCCGAAUGCCCAAACAGCAAAGGCAUCCGUCUUGCUUAAAUGAAUACACGUCCUAAUCAACAGCACUAUUAAGUAUAUAUAAAAUCAAAAUGUUUAUAUAUUUAUCGGUAAACAGCACCAGAAGACAUCGGUGAUGAUAACAUACCGAUCGAAAGAGAAUUCGUCAAUAUAAUUUUUAUCUCUUUCACAAUUUCCGCCCACACACGUACACCUCAAAUGGUAUUAGGUUUAAACCACUAUGCACGCACACAGAAACACAACAUAUGUCUACAUUAUUUUAAUAUCACAAUAUUAUUCAGCUUUUUUACAAUCACCUACCUAUUGUAUUAUUAUUAUUGUGUUUUUUUUUUUUUUUUUUGUCAGACUCGUUAUAUUUAUGUAAUAAUAUCUCGUGUACACGUAAAUCAUACGUAAAUAAUAACAUAUAAAAAUCUAUUAAUUUUAACGACGCAUUUCAUUAGAAAAUGCUAUGUAAAUGUACGAUUAUUAUAUUAAUACAUUAUGUAAUAAUUACCAUUUAAUUAAUAUAAUAGCCAUCAAAAUUGUUA